AGGCCCCGCCCCGCACAGUUCAGCCCCGCCGCCGUCCCCGCGUUCCCGCGUUGUCGCGCGCAGCGAAGAUGGCGGCGGCUGCUGGAAGGUUACUCCGGGCUUCGGUUGCCCGACACCUCAGCGCCUUCCCAUGGGCUGCUUCUGCCUCUACUGCCCUAAGACCUACUGCUUCUAGAAGAACUUGCUUGACCAAUACUUUGUGGUCAGCCUCGGGACAAGCCAAAUACACCUUUAGCACCAGCUCCUCGUACCACGCUCCCGCGGUGACCCAGCACGCGCCCCACUUCAAGGGCACAGCCGUGGUCAAUGGAGAGUUCAAGGAAAUCAGCCUGGAUGACUUCAAGGGGAAGUACUUGGUGCUCUUCUUCUACCCGUUGGAUUUCACCUUUGUAUGUCCUACAGAGAUCGUGGCUUUCAGUGACAAAGCCAAUGAGUUUCGUGAUGUGAACUGUGAGGUCGUCGCGGUGUCAGUGGACUCACACUUCUGCCAUCUGGCCUGGAUAAACACGCCCCGGAAGAGCGGCGGUUUGGGCCCCAUGAACAUCAUGCUGCUGUCGGACCUGACGAAGCAGAUCUCCCGCGACUACGGCGUGCUGCUUGAAGAGCCUGGGCUGGCGCUGAGAGGCCUCUUCAUCAUUGACCCCAAUGGAGUCGUCAAGCACCUGAGCAUCAAUGACCUCCCCGUGGGCCGCAGCGUGGAAGAGACCCUCCGCCUGGUGAAGGCGUUCCAGUUCGUGGAAACCCACGGAGAGGUUUGCCCCGCCAACUGGACACCAGAUUCGCCCACGAUCAAGCCACACCCGACAGAUUCCAGAGAGUACUUUGAGAAGGUGAACCAGUAGCCCCCACGGACCCCUGCAGCUUCUCACACCACCACAGAACCGCAGUCGUGGCAGCAUUCUAAAUGGUUUCUCAGCGGCACAGCCCAGUUGCCUGUCUAUCCAGGAAUCCAACGCUAAGUGUUUGUAAUUAAUACUGGUUUUUUUUUUUUUUUUUGUCUUGGCUUGCCUAAUGGGGAUUGGGCCUAGGUCUCGUGUGUUUGCCUUACCACUGAGCCCCAUCCCCGGGCAGGGGAAGGCUUUCUAAUCUCGGUGGGUAACUAAGUAGCGUGACAAGUCUGUGCUGCUUGGUUGGCUGCCCCAGUGGCCUCCUGCUUCUACUUUUUGGAUCACGCCUUCAGGGGGAAGGAAACGCUCUUCUUGGCCAGGCCCUGUCACAGCCAGACAGCAGGCCUCAGAGGCUUCUGAUCAAGUCCUGAAAUUUCCGUCUUGGAUUUCUUUUUCUCUGUGUAAAGCUGCAUUUUCUCUCAUUAUGUUAGCACCAGUAGUCGGACUUUCGCAAUGAAUGUUGAUGUGAUCAAAACAAAUGUGAAUCAUGUUUUAGAAAAAGACAGUGGCAGAGUGACUCUACUGACCUUGCAUGUUGCCCAUCCCUGAGAGUUUAUCAAGGCAUUUCACUUACUUUGUCAACUGACUUACUCACCAUGUAUUUCUAACUAUUGAUUAAGUAGUUAUCAAAGAUAUUUAUUGAAUCCAGGGACUAUAUUUUGAAAUCAUUGUUAAUUAUUUCUUUGCUGAAAACUAUACAAUUAUAGUGAAAAAUAAAGAUAUUUUAAAAUA